UGGGUACCGGGUCCUGGGGCCAGGAGUGGCGCCCGCGCCCCGGAACCACGCCCCCGUUUUCCCCGCCCCUCGGAUUUCGUUCUAGACCUCUCCCAGUCCUCGGGGACUAGGUCUGGUUUAUACUGGGUCGCGCCAGGGACAGCGAGACUGGCCUGGGCGGAGAGAGGAUGCUUAACUCCUUGGACUCUAAUUCUUCUCUCCCUUCCUCUCUUCCUUUUUCCUUCGGGCUUCAGGACUUCCAUGUCCCGGGUCCUGAUUAAUUCCCUAUCUUUCUCCUUCUGUCCCAUCACCCCUGUGUGUGGGUCCCUGACCGGACUUCGGGUCCCUCCAGCUGCGAGCAGCUGAGGGUUAAGGGGGCGGGGCCACCACAUUUUUGGGGAGUGAGCGCAUCCUAGCGGCUGCCAAGAGGGGCACCCGGCAAGGACCUUAUGAAGCCCCCCGAGCAGGGGCAACAGACAGGUGAAGUAAAAAGAACACAGAAAUCAGCUCGGCCGGAAGGGGCGUCUGUGGAUGGGAUGGGGACGCCGGGGGAGGGGCUGGGUCGCUGCUCCCAUGCCCUGAUCCGGGGUGUCCCCGAGAGCCUGGCGUCAGGGGAGGGUGCAGGGGCUGGUCUUCCAGCUCUGGACCUAGCCAAAGCUCAAAGGGAACAUGGGGUCCUGGGGGGUAAACUGAGGCAGCGACUAGGGCUACAGCUGCUAGAACUGCCUCCUGAGGAAUCCCUGCCGCUGGGUCCGCUGCUUGGUGAUACGGCCGUGAUUCAAGGCGACACGGCCCUAAUCACUCGGCCCUGGAGCCCGGCCCGUAGGCCUGAGGUUGAUGGAGUCCGCAAAGCCCUCCAGGACUUAGGUCUCCGAAUUGUGGAGAUGGGGGAUGAGAACGCAACUCUGGAUGGCACUGACGUUCUCUUCACCGGCCGGGAGUUUUUUGUAGGCCUCUCCAAGUGGACUAAUCACCGAGGAGCUGAGAUUGUGGCGGACACAUUCCGGGAUUUCGCCGUCUCUACUGUGCCAGUCUCUGGCCCUUCUCACCUGCGUGGCCUCUGUGGCAUGGGGGGACCCCGCACUGUGGUGGCAGGCAGCAGCGACGCUGCCCAAAAGGCUGUCAGGGCAAUGGCAGUGCUGACAGAUCACCCAUAUGCUUCUCUGACUCUCCCAGAUGAUGCAGCUGCUGACUGUCUCUUUCUGCGUCCUGGAUUACCUGGUGCACUCCCUUUCCUCCUGCACCGUGGAGGUGGGGACCUGCCCAACAGCCAGGAGGCACUGCAGAAACUUUCUGAUGUCACCUUGGUACCUGUGUCCUGCUCAGAACUGGAGAAAGCUGGUGCUGGGCUCAGCUCCCUCUGCCUGGUGCUCAGCACACGCCCCCACAGUUGAGGGCCUGGCCUUGGGAUUCUGGGUGGCCAAGGGUACAGCAGAAUAGAGAUUAGAAGGGGAAGGAGAAUUGCACAUGGUGUCACACACUUGUAAUCCCAACGACUUGGGAAGCUGAGGCAGGAGGAUCACAAGUUUGAGGCCAGCCUCAGCAAUUUAGCAAGACCCUGUCUCAAAAUAAAAUAAAAAGGGGAGGGGAUUUAGCUCAGAGGUAGGGCACCCCUGUGUUCAAUCCUCAGAACUGCUUAAAAAUAAAUAAAUAAAUAAUAAUAAUAAUAAUAAUAAUAAUAGAAGGGGAAGAAGGGUUAGAUAGAUGGAGAGUAAGUAGGUAGUAGAGUAAGAGCCCCAAGAUGGGGUGGGGUGGGACAUAGUGUGGGGAAAAGGAUAGGGGCCACUGGGUGAGUCCUCCCUCUCUCAGAA